CAGCAGCCGCAGCCGCCACGGGUUGACGGGCGAGCAAAGUUUGUAUCGCUAGCGAUGAAGAAGAUACCCGAUUCUCAGUUCAGAUAAAGCUGAAGAAGUCAAUGACUGCUUAAUGCAGUCCAGGAUUCACUGUAAGUGUAGAAUGCCACAAACCGAUUGCGCAUGGUACGUCGGCAUUCUGCAUAUUUCGAAGGUGAAGUUGUGACCCAUCCAAGUGUACCUGCUUGUUUCAAUGCGACAAUUCGCCGAGGAGGUAGAGCUUCUCAUGGGCACAGUGCACUGUAAACAUACCGGGCUUUUUCUACUAAGCCCAGUGGGCGUGUGAUGCAAAGAGAGAAACAUGGCUGAGUUGCGCUGUAGAAAACUUGUGGGCGAGAAAGAAGACCAUCCAAACGGCGAAGUUGACACACAGCAGCAGCACACGGCAAACUCGGAUUCUUGCCCCGAGGAGGACGAGCCAGGAAGUGACUCGACAGCCAGCCCAGACCUGGACCCUGAUGGCGAUGUUGAGGAUGGGGAUGGGGAUGAUGACGGGGAUACAGCUCUAGAAUCAGAGAUGGCUCAAGAAUCCGAUACGGAUCGGAUAGAAUCAGACGCUGUUCCAGAAUCAGAAACUGGCGUGGAGGAUAAAGUCGACACCCCCACACAUGGCUCUGAGGAGGAGGAGAAUGAGAAGGAAAAGGAGAGCGUUACGUCGCCCAAGAGAAGGAUCAGUAGAUCUGUCAUUUUUCAGCGUGUGGUAAAGGUGUUCUUCGGUUGCCUGGCAGCCGUCACCUGUGGCAUGAUGUAUGCCGUGUACCUGUCCACAUACCACGAGAGAAAGUUCUGGUUCUCCACCAGACAGGAUGUAGAGCGAGAGAUGACGUUUCAGGGAGGCAGCGCUAUGUACUACUACUACUACAAGUACAUGCUCUCCGCACCUUCUUUCGAGAAGGGUCUGUAUGACCUUCUGCAUGACAACAAGUCUGUGUCUGGUGAGACCAUCAACGCAGUGGAUCAGCUGUCCCUCUACCCAGAGGUCAUCACCAGCCUCCUCUACAGGCUCACCAGGAGCCAGGAUGUGAUUGAGCCUGUGUACUUCUACAUCGGGGUGGUGUUCGGGCUGCAGGCGGUCUACGUCACCGCGCUCUUCAUCUCCAGCUGGAUCAUGAGCGGCACCUGGGUGGCCGGCAUGCUGGCAGUGGCCUGGUACAUCAUCAACAGAUCUGACACAACCAAAGUGGACUACGCCAUUCCGCUGAGGGAGAACUGGGCCCUGCCCUACUUCUCAUGCCAGGUGGCCGCCCUUACUGGCUUCCUCAGCAACAACAUCAGCUCCACUGCAGAGAUGUUCUGCUACCUGCUGAUGAGCGUGACCACCUUCACCUUCUUGGCCGUGUGGGAGCAUAGCCACUACGUGCUCUUCAUACAGGCCCUCAUCCUCUUCCUGCUAGACUGCUUUGACCUGGUGCAGCCACGCAAGAUGGCGGAUAUCCACAAGGUGUACCUGAGCUCCUUGCUGCUGGCCUACCUGCUCCAGAACCAGAAGGAUGACCUGCUGACCUGCCCGCUCCUCAGCCUCCUCACUGCAAGCCUGCUGGCCAGGUACUUCCAGAAGAACAUGAAGAUGGGCCCUCUAGUUGCUCGGGUGAUGAAGAUCCUCCUCCACUUCUACCUGGUCUUCACCACAGCCAUCACCUCCAACUACGUCCUCAAGAAAAUUCUUCAAGUCAGUGAGAGUGACUUCACGCUCAAGUUCCUCCAGGUCAAGUUUGGACUCAACACAACAAGGGAUUUCAUGACGAACCUGCUGCUGUGCCAGGAGGCGUUCCUGUCGCCCACCCAGGAGCUGUUCCUGCGCCUCACCCAGGCCUCCGUACUGCCCUUCUACCUGCUGGUGCUACUCGUCUGCCUGCUCUCCACCCUGCACACCAUCUACCGCAGGCUCAGUGGAGAGCCAAUGAGGAGGGACCUGCGGCUGGAGGACGGACGAAUCGGGGAGCAGCCGGAGGUCAUCUACCAUGUCUUCCACACGCUGAUCUUCGGGGCGCUCACCAUGGUGUUUGAAGGGUUAAAGUUCCUGUGGACGCCAUACGUGUGUGUGUUCACAGCUUUUGGGGUGUGCUCUCCAGAGCUGUGGAUGACCGUGUUUAAAUGGCUACGGCUCAGAUCGGUCCACCCCGUGGUGCUGGCGUUAAUCCUGAGCACUGCGGUUCCAACCAUCAUUGGCUUCAGCCUAUGGAGGGAGUAUUUUCCUCGGGUGCUGUCAGAACUCUCAGAGCUGCAGGAGUUCUAUGAUUCCGACAUGGUGGAGCUUCUGAACUGGAUGAGGUCGCAGGUGCCCUCUGCGGCGGUGUUUGCGGCGAGUCCCCAGCUGCUGGGCAUGGUGAGGGGCUCUGGCCUCACGGUGACCAGCCUGCCGCUCUACGCAGACUUCAGCCUCUUCAGGAGGAGCGAGAGCGCGUAUCAGGUGUAUGGGAUGAGGUCGGCGGACGAAGUGUACAAGCUGCUGUCGACCCAGAAGAGCAGCUACGUCAUCGUAGAGGAGUCGCUCUGUAAUGAGCUGGGCCCAGUCAAGGGAUGCCGCGUCAAGGACCUCAUGGACUACGCCAACGGACACUUGGUGUAUGACAAAGGUGAGGCGUACACCUACUCCAAGUACGGUCGCUUUUGCCACGAGAUCAAGAUGAACUACUCGCCCUACACCAACUACUUCACCCGUGUCUUCUGGAAUCGCUCCUACCACGUCUACAAGGUCAACUCUGUCAUCUCCUUCCAGUACUAGAGGUGGCGCUAGUGAGCUGGGUGGAGUGGGUCACCUGUCUUGCUCUCUCCACAAGGUCAACUCGGGUCAUCUCUUCCAGUGCCAGUGAGAGAAUCUGGGUGAAGGGGAGAAAACAUGGCCAGCCUCAUCUGUCCCUUGCUCUCCACACGGUCAACUCCAAGCUCAUCUGGAGAGGGUGAACAGUGAGUGAAAAUCAUCUACUCUGAAUCUCAACAAAGGAAUGGAGGAGCAUAUCUCAGUCUCUCUCCUGUUGCCCUUCUUCCCCAUACCACGUCUACAAGGGCCAAGGUCAUCUGCUUUCAGUAGGCUCGUGAGUGGUGGAUCCACAGCUUGUAGAGUAGAGUACAUCUCAGUGUCACCGGUCUCCCUCUCCCUCUCCCAACUCUACAAGGUCAACGACUACAAGCUCAUCUCCCUCCAGAACUAGUGGCGGCGCCAUGUCCUGGAGUAGAGAACAUCUCAGUGUCACAAUCUCCCUCUUCCUUGUUUACCAGGUCAACUACAAGCUCAUGUUGCUCCAGAACUAGAAGGUGCAGCACAUUGCAGUCCGACUUGCCUCUCUCCCUCCACCAUGUCUGAAAAGUACAAGGUCAUCUCCCUCCCAUACUUCAGUUCAAGCCAGUGAGCAAGCAGUUGCAGCAGAUCUCAGUCUGACUGGUCUCGCUCUCCCUCAAUCAUGUCUUAAAGGUUAAGUACAAGGUCACAUAGAGACGUAUACAUGGAUAUAUUGGAUGUCUAUGCAAGGUCAUCUCCCUCCAGCACUACAGGUGGGGCCAGUGAGUAAGCGGGUGCAGUCCCAUCUGUCUCCUUGUCUUGCUACCUGUUCUGUGGGUCCUUACUUGUGCUUCGGAGGAGCACAAAAGCCUGGCAAGAUGGAUGUACAGAGGGCAGGCAUAUUUUGUGGUUGACUUUCGUGGAGAAAGUGCACAGUCAUCGCUGAUUGUGAGGAAGUGCACAGUCAUCGCUGAUUGUUUGUUUGAUCAUCAGACAUCUGAGCAGGCUACAGAAGAGGGAGAGGGGGGCGAGAGAGGAGCUUCCAUGGCCUCCUCAAAUAGAGUGCAUUCAUCAUUGAUUUACAAUACACAUCAGAACAGGUCAGAGAGAGAGAAAGACAGAGAAGGACAAAGACGGACAGGGACGGAGGCAUCUGAGCCCUCCUUUGUUACCACCAAAGAUGAGCUAAAGAAGGGGUAGCUGAGUGAUGAAGGAAAAAAAACCUUUGUGUUGAGUACUGUAAGUGACAAAGUGAACAUGUCACUGUUUAAGUGUCUCCUUAUAUGUUUAAGUUCCUAUAUUUUGCUAGAUUGUGUGUGCGUGUCUAUGUCUGGUGGGUUGUCUUCUAUCCAUUGUAAGAACAGCCCAGGUUUUUAGAGAGAUGUUGUUUCUUUAAUGCAUUUGUAUGACUGUGUGUGUGUAUGUGUUUCUGUGUGUCAGAGACAUUGGUUUUAUUCAGAAUGUUCUCAUUCAUUCUGUGUGCGUGCGUGUAAUUGUAAAUGUCCCUAUUGCCUGUGGGUUCACCUUCUUUCCCUUCUCUGUCCUGUGUGCCUGGGCUCCAUGAAAUCCCUUUAUCGUGGCCCACCACUGAAUAUGUUAUCAAGCCUUGAGAGAUAGAGAAUGUACGUGCGCAUGCCUGCGUGUGUGUGCGAGUGUGCACAAUGUGUGCGUGCUGGCGCAAGUGUGUGUGUGUGUGUGUGUGUGCGUGCGUGCGCGCGUGUGCGCGCGUGUG